AUGACUGGCGGCGAUACCUACGGCGUCCCUGGCGCAGGUGCUGGCGGCGGCUCCAAAUACAAACCCUUCAAAGAGGAAGAAGCCAAGCGUCCACCAUUCGACCCUUCGCUCUCGUACAACCUAACCAAGGCGCCCGAUGUCGACUUUGCCGCUGGGUCCGGUCUCAACUCGCACCCAGCUUCCUCGUCCUUCUCGUCCGACGAUGCGAGCUUCCACGUGAUUCAGAUUGGCAAGACGAAAGUCACGCCGGGGACGAUGUACAAGCUUAUGAUCUCCUCCAUCGCCCCACGCCCUGUAGCGUUGGUGACGACGUUGAACGAGGACGGUUCCCCAAAUCUGGCUCCGAUCAGCUGGUACCAGAUGGUCUCGCAGGAUCCGGCUAUGGUCAUGAUCUCCUUCGGUGGAGGUGAGAACAGAAGGAAGGAUAGCGAGAACAAUAUCAAACGGCUCAAGGAGUUUUCCGUAUCCAGCUCGUCCGAGCCAUACGCGGAGGCGCUCAACUUUGCCUCGGUCGACUGCCCCGAGGGCGUCAGCGAGUACGCACUGACCGGUCUCACGCCUGUCAAGAGCAAGGUGAUCAAGACGCCGCGUGUCAAGGAGUCACCUAUGUCGAUGGAAUGCGAGGUCGAGUACACUCGGGAUAUCCACAAUGACGAAGGCAAGCAUACCACAACACUUGUGCUAGGCAGAGUCCGAGUGAUGCACAUCCGCAAGGACACGAUUCACCCCGACACCGGCGCCGUCGACGCGAGCAAGACGCUCCCCAUCACGCGAAUCGGCGGCUUGCAGUAUGCACGCACUUCGACCGGGUACGAGCUCGAACGACCGAAAUGGUCCGAGAUCAAGGACCGCCCCGACGUACAAGCUGCGUUGAAAAGGGGACCCAAGGAAUGGUUCGACAACAAAGACCAGGUGCUAGAGGCGUAUCCCUAG